UUAGGAAUCACUUGCGAUUUCGAUUCAGUUGUAAAAGACAUUUCAUUAGGUGCAAACGUAUUCUAAAGAGUUCCAAUCCUUAAUGAUUAAUUAUUGAGAUGUGAAAAAAAGUUUAAAGUGAAGAAAAAAGUGAAAAAUUUUAAAAUCCAAAAAAAACUUUAAAAAUCAAAAAUAUUAAAAAACUAUUCCUGAUGUAUUUGAUGCCAAUAACUUCUGCAUUCACCUCAUUUUCGAAAUUUUUAGGAACUAAAAUGGGCAUUAGACUUGUUCUACUUCUGGUUGUUGGAUUAGGAGCUUUGUAUACAAUUCAUUUGCUUGCGCAGGAUUGGAUGAAAAUUCAAGCAGGAUCGAAAUUUGCUGCCCGUCUACUGCUUGGAAAAAGAGAUCUUACGAAUCUUAGUCGGAACAUAACAAAGGAAGAAAUAGAGUUUGAAGAGAAAAUUGACUGGGACAAAAUUCUUAAUCGAGAUCCAUUCAGCUGCGCCUUAUCCCUAGUUUGUCAGCUAUCAGCUGGAGCAGAACGAAAGAAUGACGAAGCAAAUGCGAUUUAUGAGUUCAUUACAAACACAAUCGACAACGUCAAAGUACCAAAGAAGCUCAAGAAAGCAUAUGAGCAAGGCCAAGGAUACAACAAGAACAACAAAAAUGACUUCGAAAAAUGCUACAAAAAUUACUCAUGGUGUCCGUACUCAGCUGAUACGAUGAUGAAAUUCAUUACGUUUAAUAAAAUUUUAUUUGGAUGAUUGCACAAUAAAUGUGUAAAAAGGUGGAAAGUGGGAAAAGAAAGAAUUUAGUCACGCAAUCAAAUGUAUUAAAUACAUUUAAUGUUAGUUAUUAGCUUUAAAAAAAAUAGAAAUGUCAUUAAUGUAUGUUUUGUAAAUGUCUAUGUUGAUAAUUAAAUAGUCUAAUAAAUAUUGCCAU